ACAGGGAGAGUAAGACUUAAAGCCUGCAUAAUGACAGCAUAUGUGUCAGUGGUGAUUGUGGGUGCUGUGGUCAUGCUUACACUGUUAUGGAUCCUGCUCAUCUGCCUCCCUGGAAAAGGAGACAAAGUUACACAGGGAGAACCCAAUGGAUAUCGGUCAGCAGCUGUUGGGUCUAGACUUCUGCACUCUUUCUAUCAGUUCUUUCCCCGUUCUCUCUCUCCCUCUCUCCCUGGCCCUCUCUCUCUCCCUCUGCUGGGCAACAUGCUGGAGCUGGCACACGACCACCUGCCCAGUCACCUGACCUCCCUGGCACGUCGCUAUGGCAACAUCUACCGCCUCAAGUGUGGCAACACAACCAUGGUGGUAUUAAACAGUGGUGACAUCAUCAGAGAAGCCUUGGUGAAGAAAUGGUCGGACUUUGCUGGGAGACCACAUUCUUACACCGGAGACGUGGUGUCAGGGGGAGGCCGCUCCAUCUCUCUGGGGGACUACAGUGAGGAGUGGAGGGCCCAUCGCCGUCUUGCCCAUAAUGCACUGCAACGCUGCUCCCAGCAGUCGCUCCACGGGGUCAUCCAGAAACAGGCCCUCCACCUGAGACAAGUGCUGCUGGACUAUAACGGCAGAGCUGCGGAUCUCUCUGAGGAUUUCACUGUAGCAGCCAGUAACAUCAUCACCACACUGGCCUUUGGGAAAGAGUAUGAGAAGAGUUCUGCAGAGCUGCAGAGACUGCAUGGCUGUCUUAAUGAGAUCGUGUCUCUAUGGGGCUCUCCCUGGAUCUCUGCUCUGGACUCCUUCCCACUGCUCAGGAAAUUGCCCAAUCCGCCGUUCUCCCGUCUUCUGAAAGAGGUGGCCAGGAGAGAUGACAUCAUCAGAACACAUCUGGAUGAGUACAAGAUGCAGGCACCGAGCAAAACAUCAGAGGAAGACAUUGCCAUCACAAGCGCUCUCCUCAACGGCCUUGGGAAGCCCCAGGACACAACACAGGGAGUGGUCCUGACAGACACUCACGUCCACAUGGCCACUGUGGACCUUCUGAUCGGGGGAACAGAGACAACAGCUGCCUGGCUCAGCUGGACUGUGGCCUUUCUACUGCACAGGCCUGAGGUGCAGUACAGAGUGUAUGAUGAGUUGUGUUCGGUGCUGGACGGGCGCUACCCUCAGUACAGUGACAGACACAGGCUGCCAGUGCUGUGUGCUGUGAUCAGUGAGGUGCUCAGACUCAGACCUGUGGCUCCGCUAGCUGUGCCUCACAGAGCCAUCAGAGACAGCAGGUGAAUAGAAGCUAUACCAGGGGAGGCUGGUGGGAAGAGCUAUAGUAGGACUGGCUAAAAUGGAAUAAAGAGUCAAACAUUUCCAUUUAUUUGAUGCAUUCCAUCAAAUCCAUUCCAGCCAUUACAACGAGCCUGUCCUCCUAUACCCCCUCCCACCAGUCUCCUCUGAGAUAUACUUACUGUAGUACAGUAUAGCAUUACUGUAUACCAUUACUGUAUAUCUCUACUCUAUAUCAUUACUGUAUAUCUUUACUCUAUAUCAUUACUGUAUAUCUUUACUGUAAUAUCAUUACUGUAUAUCAUUACUGUAUAAGAUUACUCUACAGAGCAUCUAAAUAAAUGCACUGUGGGAAAGUACUGUACAGCUAUGUGUAACUUUCAGCAUCCUAAAGGAGCUUAUGUUUUGAUGCUGUUACUCUGCUUUGUACAGUACAUUUGCCUUGCCAACUUCCCUUCUGUGCCGUUUUUCUACCUAAAUGUAAUACAUCAUACAGUACUAAUAAUGCAUGUUUAUACACGGAGUAUACAAAACAUUAAGAACACCUGCUCUUUCCAAAUCACAGACUGACCAGGCGAAUCCAGGUGAAAGCUAUGAUCCCUUAAUGAUGUCACUUGUUAAAUCCACUUCAGUCAGUGUAGAUGAAGGGGAGGAGUCAGGUUAAAGAAUCAUUUUUAAGCCUUGAGACAAUUGGGACAUUGAUUGUGUAUGUGUACCAUUCAGAGGGUGAAUGGGCAAGACAAAAUAUUCCAUUGCCUUUAAAUGGGGUAUGGUAGUAGGUGCCAGGUGCAUCAGUUUGUGUCAAGAACUGCAACGCUGCUGGGUUUUUCACUCUCAACAAUUUCCUGUGUGUAUCAAGAAUCGUCCACCACUCAAAGGACAUCGAGCCAACUAGACACAACUGUGGGAAACAUUGGAGUCAACAUAGGCCAGCAUCCCUGUGGAACGCUUUCGACACCUUGUAGUCCAUGUCCCAAUGAAUUGAGG